GAUUGCCAAGCUCGUCGAAGACCCAGGCGCACUGGACCCUGUUGCCGCUCCGGCGCUUGCUUCUGGGUACUAGUUUGUUCGGCUUGACUCAUGCUGUCUCCAUCUUUGCCGAAGGUGCAUCAUUGUCGGCACAGCUUCGCGCCUUUGGUGCUCGCGAGUGCGGCAAGAUUUACUACUCCAUUGAGGGCUUGCUCACGUCUCAAUCUGCCCGACUCAUCCUGGAGUCGCUGAGCCGUGGACUCGGAAAGAGCUCUCGUCGCAGCCUCGCCUAUAUAUUGAUCACAAAUCCCAGAACCUACGCCGCAAGACGGACGUCUAUGCACGCCUACAGCUCCUUCUCACGCCCAGCUGGACUGGUCCGUGGGAUGAUCGCAUCGUGGUGGAUCGCCGGGAGGAAGGCGCUUCCACCAAUGAGGAGCGGUGUGUGGCGGCUUGCACGUCUUCGGUUUCUAGAACUCGGCGCCAGUGCGCGCAAGAAGGGUGUGCUAGAGGGCAAAGCCGAUUUCACCCUUCAGGCGGGAGCAGAUUGGCUUGACGGCCAGGCCUUAUUGGGCAUUGAGGCAGCUCGAGCCCCCGUCAUCUGGAACAACGGAAACAUCUAUAACCAGCGCCACAUCUUGUACGAUGCCUAUCAAUUCCGUGGAGCCGUGCCCGUGGGCGACGAGCUGCUGGAGGCCU